AGAAAGUUCUAUAAUCUUGCCUACGUGCAAGGGAAGUAAGUGACCGAAGAGUGAAAUACUGAGUGAGUGGUGCCAUAGUGCUAUUUCAAUAUCGGUGGAGUGAUUUUCUUUUUAUUAGUAGCCUACAUUCUGUUUUCGGAAGGCGAAAGUAUCGCAGCAAAUAAUUAGUAUCCGUAGCGCAUCGCAAUUAUUCCUUCAAGAGCAAUACUUUAUACUUAUCAUGCCUUCUUGUAAACAUUUGGUGAUUCUGAUACUGAUAGCGGCUGUGAAUGUUUUUCAACUUUCUCAAUCUAUUGAAAACGAAGAUUCACAAUUGGCAUCGAAGGGUGGCCUCAAUGCCGAAGCCGAAACUAUUGUUCACAAAGAUGUAGACAUUGUAGAAAUUGAUGUUAAAAUAGACACCACUGAACAAAUUGAAAUUAAAGCUACAGGUAAUGCUAAAGCAGCAGCUGAUACGAUUUUAAAAGAAGAUGAUGUCACUUUUGAUCAACUUUAUGCAGAAGGUGUUAAGGCUUAUGAUAACCAAUUGUGGUAUUCUUGUGCAACAAAAAUUGAGAGGGCGAUAAAAGACUAUAGGAACUACAAAAAUGUGUUAUCAGACUGUAGACUGGAUUGUAGUAAAGGAGUUAGAUCCUCUAAGUUAUCAAAUCUUACAUCCAAGUUUGCAGAGUUUACAACCUAUGUAAAGUUUUUAACAGCUGCAGACUGUUUCAGAAGAUGUAAGGAUGAGUCCCUUACUACUCACCCAAGAGUUACUGAGAAAUUGGAAAAUGCUUUUGAGAAAAGAAAACCAUACAUGUAUUUACAGUUUUGCCAAUUUAAGGUAACUAUUUUAAUUCUUUUACAGUAAAUGUCAUUCUCUCACACCAUCCCAAGCCAUGGGUUAAGAUUUUAAAUCAUUCUACUUUGAGCUUUUAUCAAUUUUGUUCUACUUUAAAUAAAAUAUAUAAUUUAGAGCAGUGUUUCUCAACAGGGAUACAUGAACCUCAGUGGGUAUGCACGGUGGUGUAAGGAUGUACAACUGGUUUUUUAAAAACCUGGAUAUCAUUUGAGUUUUAAAAAAUAUUAAUAUUAAUAUAUUUUUAUGAGGGUAAAGAUAUUGGAAGGAAGACAUUGUGCUUGUGUUAAAGACAUUCAGUAGGCAUAGGGAAGUAUUGACGCAUUUACAAAAGAAUAGUAGCAAAAUAUAAGAUAGAGUUAGAGAGUCCUAGGGACAGUCUUCUUCUUAUUCUUAUAUAUUUUUAGAGCCCACGGUCAGUGUAUUGAUCAUUCUGGCUCCUAUGUUUAGUAGAAAGGGCUAGCGAUGUUUCUGUGCAUGGUUUUGAAGAGGAUACUUCACUGGUUGCAAGGGCUACUUAGCGAUGGUAUCAGGAACUCUGGAUUGAAAGGCAGGAGACAAUAGACCCAAAUGUUGCAAGUGUUGUCGCCUCAACUGUUCCUCUUGGAUGCUUGAUUCAGUCCGUGAUUGUCUUUGGCAGGAAUGAGGAGUUCCUGUACUGUGUUCUUGUUGAUAUGAGCUGGAACUGCCUGUCUUUGCCAACAGUGUUGGUGAAAGAGUUAAAAAACAGUUAAAAUAGUUAUAGUAUUUAUGCUUUAGUGUUAAAUAAUUUGCUUUUGCUGGAAAAUUGUUUGGACUGGUAAAAUUAAGGGUUGUGUGUUCUCUUUCAUUUUCUAAACAUAUAUUAUAUAAAUAUAUACAUAUAAAUAUAUCGGUCGAAAUUAACCAUGACUAUUUUAAUUGUAUUCGUGCUAAUUCUUAAUUUGGCUGUGGUCACACAGAUGGCUGAUGAGACAGAUUCUGACAUGAAAAGUAAUUGUGCAGUAAGUGCAGGGGGUUGAUGGGACAUCACAAGGUGCAGAGUUAACCCAGACUUUUCUGGCACGUCUUUUAUGCUCUGCAGCCGCUGUUCUGUUGAGUUCAUAUUGUAUGGAGACUCUGAAGCCGCUGUUCUGUUGAGUUCAUAUUGUAUGGAGUCUCUACAGCCGCAGUUCUGUUGAGUUCAUAUUGUAUGGAGUCUCUGUAGCCGCUUUUCUGUUGAGUUCAUAUUGUAUGGAGUCUCUGUAGCCGCUGCUCUGUUGAGUUCAUAUUGUAUGGAGUCUCUACAGCUGCUGUUCUGUUGAGUUCAUAUUGUAUGGAGUCUUUGUAGCCGCUGUUCUAUUGAGUUCAUUAUGUAUGGAGCCUUUUUGUACAGAGGAAUGCCACAAUCCGGUAUCCUAAACUGAUUCUUCUCACAUGUCUUGGUUUAUAUCGAAAGCUUUCUUUGAGGCUUUUAACUCGUUUUUAAAGCAGGCCUGCACAACAUACGGCCCGGGGAGCAUUCACUUUGUGGCCUGCGAAGACUUUGGUGAAAAAUCAUAAUAUUAUAAACUAAUAUUAUUAUUCCCUAGCUUAUUGAUUUAUAAUAUUACGAUAGGUAUAUAUACAGUAAAAAAUAUAUUUUAAAUAAUCAAUUUUUUUUAAAAAUAAAUUUUCCCCACAUAUACUUGAAAGGAAUGUUCUGUUUUUAAAAAAUUUAAAUUAGAUCUGCUCAUCUUUUAUCGUUGUGUAAAUAUUUCACUACACAUUUUCUUUCCUCGUGGCGAUAUUUAAUCACACACGCACUUCUCAUUUUCAUUAGAGGUGUUGACAAAAACUGUGAAAUUACCGAAGAAUUUGCUGGAAUGUGCUCCAUUUCAGGUCGCACAGACGGAAAAGAUAUCUUCAAUGAAGUGAUAAAGUGCUUAAAAAAUACAUUGGGAUUAUAUUUUAUCAAAUUAGUGGCUAUUUGUACCCAUGGUGCCCGGCGUAUGACGGGUAUUAAUAAAGGAGCAGUUGCGCUUCUUGAAAAUUUUAUCAGAAGGCAAAUAAACUACCAUUGCAUUAUACAUGUGCAGACCUUGUGUAGCCAAGUGUUACAUUCAGAACAUGUUAUGUCGGUUGUUGUCAAAAUAGUCAACCAUAUAAACUCAAGAUGACUCAAUCAUAGGGCUUUUUCAAGCUUUUCUCAAAAGAAUUCCCUGAGUCCUGAAAUCAUGACCUCUUCUUCUUUUGUGAUGUAACAACACAAAAAUGGCCUUAACAUUCAACUUCAAGGUAAGCAACAACUUGCAUUUGAAAUAUUUGCAGCAGUAAAAGCUUUUAAACUAAAAAUGAAAUUUUUCCAAACCCAGUUACUAAAUGGUGAAAUGAGUCACUUCACCACCUGUGCACAGCAUAUUCCUCAGGACAAGCACGUCGAGUUGGGAAAACAAUUUGCUAAUGAAAUUAAUCUUUUGAUAGAAUAAUUUGAUAAAAGACUCACUCUUUCUAAAGAAGAAGAAAUUCAGUUUAAACUAAUUGGAGAUCCAUUUUCUGUAAAUCCCGAGGACAUGCCGGUUCAAUUGCAGCAGGAGCAUAUCAAACUACAAUGUUCGGCAUUUUACCGAAGCAAGCACAGAGAGAUCAGCCUGCAAGAGUUUUAUAAAAAUCUGGACAGUGAGAAGUACAAAAAUCUUAACGAAGUUGCACUAAAAACUUUAAGUGUGUUUGGAAACACUUUUCUAUGUGAAAAUACAUUUUCAAUAAUGAAAAUUAAUAAAUGCAAGCCACGCUCAUGUUUGAGUAAUGAACAUUUGGAAGACAUCUUGAGAACAGCCUCUUCCAAUAUAUCUCCUGAAUACGACAAACCUGUUACCGAAAAACUAUGCAAUGUUUUACAUUAAAUUUACUCUGUAAGUAACGAAAUAUUCUUUAUUAUUUUUUUCCUUAACAUGUCCAAGCUAACGAAGCUGGGACUGCAUUAAAAUGGUAAAAACGUAAAAAUGGUAAUGCUGUGGAGACUUGACACUGAGGUACUUGCACAGUACUAAUACUAUAUAAUAUGUGUCAUCAUGUGAGCCCACAGUCCUUUAAAAAAACUAUUCUUGGCUGUUGUUCAUAAUGACUUUGUCCUCUCUAACAUUUUUCUCACAACCUGCAUCUGCCUGGCAUACUGGAAGUCUCAGGCUAUUAGUCUUUUUCUGGUUGUCAUGGUAAUGCUUGCAAGGACAGGUGUCGAAUGCACAUAUUUGUGGAUUGAUUAAAAAAAUUGAAGAUGGAUAAUAUUAUUGGCUUUGAAAGCAGUACAAACUGCUCUCCCCCGUUAAUACUAUUUCCACUUUGAAAGUGUAUAUUUCAUGUCAGUGCACUCUAAUGUUGUUGGCCAAAUCAUGGAGUCAAAAGAUGAAAUUAAGCAUAACAUUCACUUGAAAUACCCCGUCUCUUAUUAAAUAGUUAACUCUAAUCCAGUGGUGUAGCUAGGGUUAGUGUUACCAGGGCUGCCAUGCUUUUUGCUGCAUGAAGAAAAUGCAGCCCUUCAAUAUAAGUAAAAGUUUUACCACCCCCAUCCACACCCUCCUUCCCAUGCCACAGCUCUAACAGCCAAACCACCACUACCAGCUUAUGUACAGCCCACUUAAAACUAAAGUACAUAAUUUUUUUUCAAACUCUCUUACAUUCAUGUUACUAUAUUUAUUUCAAUAAUUUUUCUAUAAACGAGAUCUAAUUAUGGCACCACAAAAAAUAAAUUGUAACAAAACAAGAAAGUACAGUAUUUAUUGGCGUAUAACACGCCCCCGCGUAUAACAGGCACCUCAAGUUAAGAAGGAAAUUUCAGGAAAAAAAACUAAACAUUAUAUCGGCGUAUAACACGCACACAUGAUUUGCCCCCUAUUUUCGAGGAGAUAAAGUGCGUGUUAUAUGCCAAAAAUACAUUAUUUAUUUUUAAAAAAAAUGUUUUAAGUAUCUAUUUUCUGUGUUAAUAAAGAUGAGAUAAAAGUAAGAAGAUAUAUUCAUGAUUCAGCUGCACCUUUCUUGUGGAAAUUAUCCCACCAGAUUUUUCUCCCUUUAUUUAUUUAUUUAUUUAUUUAGGCAUUUUUAUAUAGCGCUUAUCAUAAAGCUCUAAGCGCUUUACAAUUAUUAAAACAUGUAAACUAAGUAAAUACAAAUGAGACACUAGGAUAGUAACUACUAUUCUAUAGAAACAAUGAAAAUGGCUAUAAAAAGAGGACACUUUGACACUUCAGGAUUAAACCGAAACAGAAAAUUAGGUAGGGCAAGGAGGGUGCAUCACAGGUCAUAGGCGGACCUAAACAGAUGAGUUUUAAGGGACUUUUUGAAAAUGGACGAGGUUUCACUAUGACGUAUAUGGAAGGGGAGCUGGUUCCAGAACGUGGGCCCAUGGAAAGAUAAAUUGAAGUUCCACCAAAUUUUAAUACAUCUAAACCCCUUUUGAGACUCAGAUGUAAAAAAAUUUCUGCUCUGUAGUUUCCUGUGAGCUUGAGAUAAAAGUAUUUGAAUUGUAGACCACAUCCUGAUCCUGAUCAAUAACAUUUUUAAAAGCAAUAUAUAUACAUAUAUACUCAUUCACCCAUAUGAAGUGACUAGAAAAUUAGGUAUAGUAAUUGAAAAAGAAGUCCCCCCCCCCCAAACAAAAGUUUAAAAAAACCAAAAUAAUAAUAAUGCCGUUUUUAUUUACAACCAUUGGAUAAUUUACAAUCCUGCUAGACGUAAUAAUAAUAUCAUUCAAGAAGAAUUUUUUAAAAAUCACUUUACAUAUUAAAAUAAUUUUUUGGUGUGUAUAAUAACAUUUCCUUUUUUUUUAUGUACUUAGUUUGCAUUAAUAACAUUAUUAUGUGAAUCAUGUAUACUAGUAAAUCAUGAUAAUCUUUGGUAUAAAUCUAUUUUUUCUUAUUAACCUGUUAAUGAUGGGUUUAGGAAUUGAUAUAAAAAAUCUAAAAUUCAUUGUUUAUUUUUAUCGGCGAAAUAAAAUGACAUAAGAAAUGAUUGAACAUCCAAAACUCAAAACCUAUUUGUUUUUAAAAAACGUAACACGUUCUUUAACCUUAAGUCUUCUUGAAAGCAUAUGAGAACAAACUUAAAGUAGGUACUUUAAGGUCGUUAAGCUAUAAAUAGUUCUUGAGAGGGAUCGCCAUUUAGAUAUUUCAUUUAUGCUAUGCUAAGAAACACUUAAAAAUGAAAAUCUGACAGACUAUAUUAAUCAGGCCAGAAUUAUUCCCUAUUAAUAAAUCUAAAUGUUUUACCAUUUUAUUUAAGCUUUUAUUUAAGGGUGUGUCAGAAUACAAGGUCAAGUUAUAAGCAACAUUGAGCGUCUGUGACAUCUCAAACCUAUCCCAUUAUUUGUCGAACAAAUAGGCAUUUGUUUAUGACUUCUAUUAUAAAUCAUAACAAUUUUUAAACUGUAUUAUUUUAAUUCAAAUUGUACAAAAUAUUCUGCAUACUGUUUUGACUAAAAGUGGGCUGUACAGUUGUCUUGAGAUUUAUCUGACUUAUGGGGUCCAUAAGGGAAAGAAGAGGGUGAAUGGUUCAGUGAGUAAGACUACCAAAGUCAACCAUUUGACAGGAUCAUUAAUUUUGUCUGAAUAUAUGUUUAUUUAUUACACUUUUAAAGGAAUGUCAACUGAAAGAAUGGUAAAUAUGGCACAAAUUGGACUAAAAUAAAAUGUUUAAAAAAAAUCAGGAAGUAAAAGGGGGUAGGGGAAGUUGCCAUUUUUUUAUCCAAGGGAUGUAGGGUGGCAUCAGUAAGAAUAGGAAAUACUAAAUGGGACACAAUAUAUUUAAAAUAAUUAUGUUUCUCCUCAGCUUGACAGAGUCAAAGAGGCAGCCUCAGCAGCUUACACUUACUACCUAUCAAACCCGGAUGAUGUUGAUAUAAAACAUAACAUUGUGUUCUACAGAGAUAAAGCUUUGGUUAAAGAGUCUGAUUUUCUGGAUUUGGAGAUCAAGCCAUACAAAGUAAACUAUGACUUUGAUAUGGAAAAUAUUCUAAAUGACUUGAACUCGUACAAUUAGAUUGCAGACCUGUUUACUCUUACGAUUUUGGCGUACAAUGUACGACUUUGAGGUUUACACAUUAUAUAUACUGUGUGUUUUUUAACUAUUAAGAUAAUAUAUUGAACAAUUUUGUGAUGAUAUUGUACGAUUUUAAGAGUUUGAGGGUAAACAGAUCUGAGAUUGGAAAUUAAAUAAAAUCCACUAACUUUAAAUGUCUCAUUAGAUUUUAAAUUGGAAUAUUGUUUCUCAAUAUUUUUUGGCAAUGAGUACCUCAGUGACCUACUUCUUGUCUAACCUAAAUAGGAACAUUAUAUCCGCACAUUGUUGGCGUAUGGCAACAAGUACUGGAAGGGGGUGAUCAAUCAUGCUGAGCUGUGUUUGGAAGAUUACUGGAAACAAGAUGAGAGAUGUCGUGCUGACUGCGAGGCUCAGGGUAGAAUGAAAGGAAAUGAAUUUUCAACUGGAGUGGCAGGUUUGCGGCACAUUAACUUAUAUACCAUAUACCAUUGGUUCUGAAGGAAAAGUUCAGCCAUUAAACAUUUUUUAUGGGUUAAUUACUAACUACUCUUCAAUACAUAAAUUUAAACUUAAAAAAAUUAAAAUAUUUAAUUCAUGUAUAUUUUUUAUUAAAAAUUUUUUUAUACCUGUACUGACAUUGAAGUUGUAUUGUAGUAUAAGUUUUUUGAAGGUAGCUUCACAUGUUUUCUGUAUUACUGUUUAAGUUUAUAUAAAUGAAAGGACUGCUUUCAAGCUUAGUAAAUGAAUGAAAAAGCAAAACGAGGUAUGUGGAAGCUUGAAUAAUAAAAAAAAAAAACAGAGCACAGUAGACAACUCAAGAAGUAUCCAUUGGUGUCUUCCGGCGACACCAAUGGGUGCUCUGUUUUUUUUUUUAUAUUUUCAUUUCUACUGUUGGCUGAGGAAGGCUUUAUGCCGAAAGUCCUUGUUUUUUUUUUGUCCUGUUAUCUUAUUCAGGCUUCCACAUGCCUCGUUUUGCUUUUUCAUUUGUUUAAGUUUACUUAUUCUACAUAAUCUACUGGUUGCACAAUAAAGUAGUCUGAUGUUCUGGUAUUUUUUCAGAUUUGAUCAUCACCAUAAUUACUUGCCAACUAAACUGUGAAGAGACUCUAAGUGUCGUUUACACUGAUCCUAUUCAGUUCUUCCUGAGAGAUAUGUUUCACUAUCUACAGUUUGCAUACUACCAAAGUAAGAGAGAUUUAACACUGUUCUCACCAUUAUACUUUCUGUAUUUUAUAGACACCCAAGUGUCACAGCUUCGAUGCCACUCUCUGUGCAUACAAUUACCAUGUUCUUUUGCUUGUUUGAAAUACUAGACCUGUGUGUAGAUUGUGGUAAAUAGAAAUGGAAAGGGCUUUAAGAAGUAUUUUAUUGCAAAUACAGCAAAUGGAAUUAAAAAAAAAAAAAAUAACGUCAGCCCCAUGGCAUUAUGGUAACAUUGUCUGCCUUUUGACCAAGAGUGGUAGAAGUUUGGAAUGCAUCUGUGGUCCUCUCCAGCAAUAGGCAAAUAGAUGGAUGGUGUGGACUUGUUAGGUAAGUAAUCUUAUCUAUUCUUGGGUAGGAGAUAAACCCAAAAUAACAAGCUUCAACCACCAAUGUUUUUUAUGAACUGUUUGUGUCUUCAGCCAAUGAGCUAGAGAAAUCAGCGGAGGCUACAGCAACAUUCCUGACGUUCAACUCGUCCCAUGCUGUCAUGAAAGAAAACAAAGAAUUGUUGAAAAAGAAGCUCGGCUAUACUAAUGAUGAUUUUAUCCCAAGGAAGGUUCGUGUCUGCAAUGUACACUCACAAUGUUUGAAAGUCUUAUACAGGAAUAAUGGAGGUGGGGGGUUGUAUUUUUAAGUAAAUUUAUUCAUUUAUUUAGUAUCAGCCUAUUGUUAUUGAAUUAAGUCUUUCACAUCACAUUUGAUUUAUCAUUAAAUAUAUGAGUCUGUUCUAGUUUAUUUCUUGUUUAAAGAGAACAAUUUUUAUAUUAAAUGUUUACUCUUCUGGCCUUCAUUUAUGUGACAUUAAAUAAUGUACCUGGCCUUGUUUUUAACUGUGCUAGUGAUGUGUUUGCAGCUGAGAGCAUUAAUUUGAAACCCUUUUUUUUUUUUCUGGGCUUUGAUGAACAGGAAGCAGCAGAAUAUCUCAACAGGAAGAGGGAGAUGCAAGAUAUUAUGGAUUUUAUAAAUAAAAACUAUAAGUGGCCAGACAUCAAUGAAGAGGUUAGCAUCAUCCCAAUUAAAAGACACAUUUGUGAGAAUAGAAUUAAGAUCAUUAAUAGCACUCUGCUUUAAAGCUUCAGGAUGGUUAAGUUCUCCAAGGGUUUAUAGCAACAGCUACUUAGCUAACCCCUGAAGUUAUUUUUUCCCUUGCUGAUAAUUGCAACUUAACAUUGAAUUUAUUUUUUCCAUUGCUGAUAACUUUUUUUUUCUAGUCAUUGCGGCUGUUUUAUUUGAUGUUUCAUUUGAUGACUAUUGCAAAAAGAAAUAAAUCUUGGUGUAAAUCUUAUGGUAAUAGUGAGUUAAAAAAACAAUAUUUCUAACAUAAUUGUUAUUAUUAUCAUGUUUUACUUCUGCAACAGAAUUUUCAUACACAUAAUGUAAUGCAAACCAGUGUGUAAUAAUAUUAUGACCUGUGUGAAUAAUUUUAAAACAGUUAUGCAAUAUUAUUCAAACCAGUGUGUGAUAAUAUUUUAAAAAGUGUGUAAUAAUAUUUAAACCAGUGUGUAAUAAUAUUUAAACAAGUGUGUAAUAAUGUUUAAACAAGUGUGUAAUAAUAAUUAAACCAGUGUGUAACAAUAUUAAAACUAGUUUGUUAAACCUGGCUGUGAUUAAUCUGAUCUGUCGUGUGUCCCAGGUUGAUGAGGAUGAGUUUAAAGACACCUUAGAUAGAAUGGAGGCAGCUGAAGCAGAACAUCCAAAUGACUGGAUCACUCGUUACGAGAAGCUCGGCAUGCACCUCAUAGCCAAAUCCACCGACCUCAACAGACCGGAACGUUUUGUGACCGACGGGCUCCUCAAAGAGGAGCAGUGUGAGGAAAUGCUCAUCCUGGCAAAUGUGAGGGCAUUUCCUGUGGUCAAAUCAAUCGAUUAGAGUCUAUGCCAUUUUGUAUUUGUAAAGUAAUUUAUGAUUUAUUGUUCACAGAUUAAUUUUCACCAGUAUGUCAUGCUUAAAAUAUUUAAAUACUUGCUAAUGUUUAAUUAUUAUUUCUUUCUGCUCUUUCCUCCUGUUUUUCUCUAACUUGCACUAAGUGUUACAGAAAAUACAAGUAAACAAAUAGGAGAUUUUGUUAUUUGUUCAUUUAUUUGAAACUUUCCUUUUAUUCACUAUCAUUAGCAACUUUAUCUCGUAUUAUACAGAAAUUGAGAGGAGCUACUCAGGGGUCAGCACUAUUUGACUUGAAACUUGCCCAACAGGUAAAUAACUUGACACUGUGUGCCAGAGAAUCCAUUUUUUUUUCAUUCUUUGCUUCAUUCAUGUUUUCCAGCACCGAAUGAAAUUGUUAUAAAAUUAUUUUACAUAGUAACUCAAUUCAAUGAGGUUAUCAAUAUGAUUUUUUAGCAAUAAAAGAACCCAGUCUGUGCUGAAGAUAUCUCAAAUAUUUUUAGUUCUACUGAUAAAGCAUUGAAGAUAAAUUAUAAAUAUUACUAGUUUUCCUGACCUAGUUAAUUGGUAGGAGAUAUAAAUAUUCCUAGUUCAACUCUUAAGAUGUUGUGGUAAAACUCAAAUAAUGUCUGCAGCUCAUAAUUCACAGUCUUUAAUACUAAAAAUAAAUGUUCCUUCAUUAACAAAGUUUCAUAUCUCUUUCAAUCAGCAACUCUUAGAAAACCCUGAAGAGGAUUUUGAAGCAUCUUUAAGACAAUUCAUCAGAGCUGCAGAGGUCGUCAAGCAUUACACACAGUCUUACCUGGAGCCAGAAAGCGCACUGUACUUCAAGUACACAUCUAUUGUUUGCUGGAGCCAACCCGAAGGUAAGUUGAUAAGAGAUAAUUAACCAUACUGGUCAUUGUAUUAUAAGACAUUAGAUUUAAUGAGUUUUUAGCAAUGAGUUUGAUUCCUAAAUUAAUUUAAACACUUAUCUUUAUAUAUUUAGCUAGGUAUUUUAAUAUUUUUGGGGGUGAUUAUUUGAAUUUUUUACUUGUAUACAAUGGUAGAAAUAAUUGAAGAUCACAUAAUAAUAAGUUUUCUUAAAUUGAUUAAAUUAAGCUUUCUGGUAAGAGUAACCUGUCUGGUAAGCCUUGUUAGUAAGUCUUUAUAACAUAUAGCAAAGAAAUCUGAUCUGAUAGUGAGCUACAUAGUCUUAUUGAUCCAGGCAAUUUAUUUCAUUACAAUAGAAUGUAAUUUUUUUUAAAAAUGUAUUUUAAACAUUCUGUUCAUCAAUUAAACAAAUCACAUUAUAAAAUUUAAUAGACAUUUUCUUGGUACUUUCUUUUCAAAUCCUCAGAUUCAGAUGUUCUGAAGGACUGUUAUCCUCAAGAAGAUGGUACAUGCAUUACCUUUGAAUCAAUGUCAGAUGAACUUUUCUCAGAUGGUUUCACGUAAGUUGUUUACACAUGUUUGACUCAUAAAUCAUAGCUUCAAAAUCAUGUUCAUUAUUAAUUUAUGAUUCAAAAUCAUGUACAUUUUUUUAUGUACAUUAUGUACUCAUGGCCUCUUUUAGUUUCUCCUACAGUUGUAGAAUUUAUGUAAGAGAGAUAAAAAAAAACUCAUCUUAAAUAAUGUUUUGAUUCUGCUAAUCAAUAAUUGAUCAGUUGUAAGUUAAAUCGAUUUGGCUUAGUUUAGUUUAACGCUAAACCUUAAAUAAUAACCCUAAUUAGUUUGAUCCUGUUUCCUGUUUGUAGAACGUAGUAACCUAAGUUUAUGAUUAUUUCAGCACUGUAACCUAUCUGAACAAUGUUGAUGAGGAUGGAGAUUUCCUAUUUUUAAAUGAAAAUAAGGGAGUGGAUGUAAGUUUAUUGGACUUAUAUAAAUAAUUUAGGAAAACUGUCAAACUGGACCAAAAAAAAGGUUAAAUUUUUAUUAAUCAUGAAUAUGUUUUGAUGUUUACUCAGACUAUUAAAUACUAAGUAAAAUAACUUAAGAAAUGUAGAUUCUACUUGAUUCUAAAGACCAUGUAUGCUUAUGUCGGCUAAUAAUAGAAAUAACCAUUACUUCUGGAAUUGGGUUUUGGUUUUAAAGUGAAUCUGUUACAAGGAAAAGAGUUGAAUAUUGAUUUUGUUGUUUACAGAGCUCAUUUGGAGUGAAAUGUGGGAGGACGGUUGGCUUCAACACUGGGGAUAGACAUGCCAUCACUGUACCCAAAAAAGGAACAAAGAGAUGUGCCAUGGUCUUCAGGUAUGUUCACACACUAAGACGAUGCCAACCAUAUCUUUUUUAAAAUUUUGUUGGUGAUUUAAAUUUAACUUCAGUCUAACUGAAAGCUAUGUCUUGAUAAAAUAUUAUGAGCUCUAGAUUAAGUGUAUUGUUAUAGAGAAAGAAAAAGAAAUUGAUUUAAAUUAGAAAAAAGGUCUAUUUAACAUAAAUAGAAGGAUGUUUUGUAGCAAAUAUACCAAUUAUGAAUAAAGAUGAUAUUUAAAUGUUUGAACAAUCCUUUAGGUAUACUACAUAUCGUAGUGAUGAUGAGAAAGAUUUUAAGGACUUGAUUGUCUUGCUGCACAGAGUGGAUGAACUGAGGAUGGGAAAUGCUCAGAAAACAUCCAAAGAAGUAUUGCAAAAUUUUAAAGAGAGAGGUAUUUGAAUUAAAAUUCAUUCUAAAUCUUUGCAAACUCGUCCACAUAUAUUAAUAUAUUGUAAAAAUAUUACCAAUAUCAAUAGAAUUACAAGUAAAAAUAAUUGUAUAUAUAAGAAUGAGCUAUAGUGACAUAACGCCAAAGGUCCGAUACGAUUUAAGUACGUUCAGAUUCCUAAAAACAAUCAUAGCUAUUUUCUAUUAUUUUAAGUAAAUCGAAUAAAUUUAAAUGUGAGAAAAAUAUUUUAAAUCGGCUUUUAUUUUAGUAAAAGUUUAAGUAUUAUUAUAAAUUACAAAUACGUUUAAAGUAAUAACUAAGGAACUAUUUUAAGCAGUUUAUCUGAAUUAAAAGUUAUGAAAAAAAAAUUCAUAAUAAAAUUAUGAUCUAAGAAUUACAUCGUAAUCACAUUUAUCAGGAAAACCCAAACAUCAGUUGUUUUUAGUGUGUUUUUUAGUGCGUUGUUAAUAUUGGAUAUAAAAUUAAAAUUAAUUUCUUCUUAAUAAACACCAAAUGAAGUCAUAGUGCGAAUCACCAAUGUUAGCCAAAACUCUUAAGUUUCUUUGAUUCAAUAACCGCGCGUUAAAAAAACUGAUAAAGUAUUUCCCCCCUUCUUAAAAGUAAAAUUUAUAAAAUUAUUUGAUAACUCUUUAAUUUGUUAAUAAAACACACGAAAAUUUAAGCUUUGUAUUUUUAACAUUUAAUAAGUUUUACUUCUUUAAUUCCAAAAAAUAUACUUUUAUUAAAUUUAUAACAUAAUAAAAACUUAACCUUUAAAUAUACUUCUAAUAAGAAAUUGCCGUUUAAGGCAAUCAGUGCAGCGCAACUCCAUAGCCAAAUAUCAUUCACUAAUCCAGUUAUAACUCAAACAAAUAAUAAAAAACCAUAUGAAGUGCAAAAUAUGUUAGUUUGGGUAUGGAAGGGACUACAAUCCGGUAGAAUAUUUUCUAAUUUUUUUUUAAUCUGGGGGGGGGGGUGUUGGUUUGGUCACGUUGUCCCAGGCAGCACAAGAUACGUCUCAAAAUAAAGGAAUGAAUUUGAUAAUUAAUUAAUGUUCUAGGGUAAAUACAUGUCGGAGGUAGGAAAUAAGAUGUGUACAUUUUUACGUGGAUGACAGUAUAGUUAACUUCUAUGGUAUUACAUUUGUGAAAAAGGAGAUGUUACAUUCUCUUUUUAAAAACAUGGGUAUGUUCAUUUUGCCCAAGGCAGCAAAAGGUACAUGUAAAAAAAAAUGAAUGAAUUUGAUAAAUAAUGUAACCUUCUUUGGUACAUACAUAUCGGAGAUAGGAAAUGGGAUGUGUGCAUUUUUACGUGGAAGACAAUAUAUAUAACUCAUGUGGUAUUAUAUUUGUGAAAAAAUAGAUGUUACAUUCUCUUUUUACAAAUAUGGGUGUUUUCAUUUUCCCCGAGGCAAUACAAGAUAUGUCUCAAAAUAAUGGAAUGAAUUUGAUAAAUAAUUAACCUUGGGUUCAUACAUUUUGGAGGUAGGAAAAAAGGAUGUGAACAUAUUAACGUGAAUGACAAUAUAUUUAAUUUAAAUCCUAUGGUAUUACAUUUGUGAAAAAAGAGAUGUUACAUUAUCUUUUUACAAAUAAACAUAUGUUUACAAAUUAAGAAAAUCAAUAACGUUAACAAAUUGUGGGUACAUUUAUAUAAGUAUACCCAUGAAUAUCAAAACCCAAUCAUUUUACACGCUUGAAAAAUUAAUUUUGAAAAAUAGAGAUGGGUUAAUAUUUACUUUCAAAAAAUGAAAAUAUAUUUUUGUUUUUACUGUGCAAAAAGUAAAGAGAUGUGUAUUUUUAUGAGAUUAACAAUUUAAAUCAAAAAACAAAACAAACUCAAGUCUCUUUUAUGUGUGAAAAACGGUGGCGAGAAUCUUCUUGAGAUAAAAGAAUUUGUUUUAAGAUUUUCUGAUAACGUAUAAUUUAAAAAACAGCAAAAGUAUGUUACAUUUUUAAUGAAGAUAUCAAUAGAUCAAGUUCCUUUAGUAUUAAGUUUUUUUCCAUUUUUUUUUAGAAAAAAAGUUGGAAUUCAAGGAAAAAAAGGGGGAAAUCUAAAGUAAUUCUCUAGCGUAGAAAUCACCCCUCAAUUAACUUCUUUAGUGACAAAAGUGAUAUAAUUAGUGAUAAUUUAGAUUGGAUAAUUUAAGGUCAUCUUUUGGGGAAAAUGUAGUUUAGGGGCGUGAAAGGGAGUAGAGUAGACAUAUUAUUUGUAGCAGAUAAAUGCUUGAAAUUGCAGAGGACCUACCAUUAUUAUUCCGAUAACAAUCGGGUCAUUUAUUCUAGUAAUAUAUAUGUUAAGUAAUGUUACUAUAAAUAAAUAUUUUAAAGUUGUAAAAUAGUACUACAAGAAGUAAGUCGGACAAAGUAGUUUAUUCUGCUCAAUACUGCUGAAAUUUAUUAACACCUCACUGCAAGGAAACGGAUAUUAAAUAAACAUUUUAAAAAAUAUUUACUGUUUGGACCUUUUUUUACAUAUAAUCGUGAUGAAAAAGUUAAAGCAAUCAACACCCACAUGAGAUGAUUUUUGGAGGUUGAAAAUAAAAGUUUUGGAUCAAUUUGACUAAAAGCAAUUAGUAGAGAUAAAAUGAAAAGAAUUAUUGGAAAUUAAAACUUGUUUCAAAAGGCAUGUAAAAUAAAAAUAAAAACAACUUGCCUUGUUGAUGUUCUGUUUUAUAUUUUGACAGGUGUAAAAAUUGUUAAGAAUGGCGAAGAUCUCAAAGGAAAAGAACGAUUUGUAGCUGACGGGAUGGCUUCAGAUGAACAAUGUGAAACUCUCAGGAAUGUUGCCUUGGUAGGUUGAUCAUGUUAUGCUGUCAUGUCUUUAAAACAUUUUUACUCUAUUUGAAGAAACAAAAUUAAAUUUUUUCCAUGAAAUGUAAUAUUUUAAUUGGGUCAUUUUUUUUUCAGUAGUGCUAUGGGUUUAUAUGUGUUAUAUAAAAAAAUCACCUCGCUUACUUUAACAAAUGUUUGCUGUGAUUACAAUGGCUUUAGAUGUGUACAGGAAAUAAUUACUUUACAAUUCUAAGCUCACUACUUAUUUAUUAUAUAAAAUAGUACUUUAACAAUUUUCCUACUAAAGGUGUCAUGAAAUGGCUUCAGAAAUUAUUGCAGAGAAAACUCUUAGUAAAAUAUUCCUAUGUGGUAACUGGGCUGUCUUAGUUUACAAUGUAUCCAUGGCUGGUAAAUAGACUGUGCAAUAUUGCUUGAUGAUUAGUUGGCACCAGGUUAUUGAUACAACAAAAUAUUACAACUUGUGAAGUUAAGGGAAUAAAGUAGCAUUAAUGUUGUACUGUUGGUAAAACAACAAACAAUCCUGCAAUGCUUUCUAUCGACAGUUUUUAGUUGUAACUAAACAUAAGUAAAUCUGAAUUCUCUUAGAGUGUAACUUUCUGUGUAAAUUCAAGAUUCAUGCAAGCUGAUAGUGUUCCCAUUCAACAUUAUAUUUUUUUUUAUAUCAAAGUGAUUGAUUACACAAAUAAAUAUUUAAAAAAAAACUAAUUUAUUUUGGAACAUACAUUUUUUUUAAUGUCCUUAAAUCUGUAACAUUUACAGGAACAUGGCAAAAUUGGAUCUGGUUAUCGGGGCAAAAAAUCACCACAUACUGUUAAUGAAUUGUUUGCAGGUCUUUCUCUUAAUUAUUUGUUGCAGGUACCUUUCAUGUGUCAUUUUAUUGCAUUCCUACUAGGCCUCUCCUCCUCGCUAGUAGGCAUUUUGCCUGUUCUAGUGCCUAGACCACUUAAAUUUGCACAAUAUUUCAUGUGGACAUAGUCGUUUGCCUUGAAUUAGAAUUGUUAUCAUUUUGAAGGGGAAUAAUCUUUAAGCAAGGGAUAUGGAUUUUAACAGUUUUAAUAUUAAUUAUUGUACUUUUGAUUGAAAUUGUUUUCAGUGAAAUGAACAGAGAUCUAAUCCCAUUUGAAUAUUGGAAAAAUUUUAUUUAUUGCUGAAUCGAUGUGUGAAAUCUUAUAAUUUUUUAGUUUAAUUUUAUUUUUGAGAUACUGAUAUUUAUUUUAUGAAAUAAAUUUUAAUGAAAUUUAUAGCUCUUAACAUGAUCAACUUGAGGAUAGUUUCCAAAGUACCAGUAAUGAAGUAGAGAAACAAAAAUCAGAAGUUCUUAAAUAUUGAUAAAUAAUGCAUAUUAAUAUAUUUUACUUUUAUGUCAACUUUAAAUAUUAAAUCAGUAACAUUUCUAAACUUUUAAAUGUUUUAAUAUACUCUGAUUUCUGGUUAAUGCUGACAUAGCUUCUAAUACCACCCUUUGGUCAUCUUGUGAUUUAAUGCACUCAAAUAAUUAAAUUAACUAAUUAAUGUUCACGUCCACUGAAAUGAAAUUCAUUACAAAGAUAUCUGUAAAGUUAGUUUAUUAACGGAUAAAUGGUCACAAAUGUCUUAUUAUCUUUCUUGUUUAUCUUGUUCUUACUAAAAAUUUUCACCUCAUCAUAAUUUCUCAUGAAAACUGGUGUUAUAUUUAAUAGUGGAAAUCCCCUGAUUUUUUUUUUCAAUAGAUGUUAACUCAUACUCAUAGGCUCUAAAAAGGGGGCCCCGUUGCUAUCAGGUGCUAACUUUGCAGAAUGUCAAGAGCCAAAUUUUUAGCGUUUUUAAUGAUUAAUUUAUAUAAAAGUUGUUUGUUGAAUAGAAACAAAUAUUUCAAAGGCAUUUGUUACCAAAGCAAUCCAGUAAAGUUUGCCAGUGUGUUAUCUCUGUUAGUUGCCACUGACUGUAGAGGUGAUGAGAAUAUUUAAAGUUAGGCUAUACAAAAAAAUAUCUGUAACUCACUAUUUACUAUUCAUGCUUCCAAAACUGAAGCAAAAAAAAAACGGAACAAAAGAAAAGAUAACUUUAAUUUUAAGAUGAGACUGUCUUUUAAAACAAAUUUCUGCUUGACAUAUUGUAGAAGUUGAAUGCAUAUUUGCUGAUCCAAUGCAUUGAAAUUAGUCUCUUCUAUUAUAAAUUGUUUAUAAUUGAAAAUAUAAAAAAAAUUCAAAGUUGGUUGAUUCAAUCAUGGUCAUUUUAAUUGAAUUGUUGAAACUUAAUAUUCAAUUAAAACAGUAAAAACUUGUUUAAACUUCCUAGAGGAUUUAUUUUGGCUUAUAUUCAACCUGUUGGAGUGUAUCAACUAAAGAUUUUUAUUCUGUUAGUCUACACUUGGAGAUAAUUUUUUGCGGGGAGGGGAAAAUGAUUUCCUCCUAUCAGGAACAGAAGUCAUAAGCAAGCUAUCAGUUUAGACUUUUUUUUUUCCGGUUGCGUUUUAUGUCCUAUCCAAGUACCAUAAGAAAAAGAAAUUAAAAAGUUAUCCUCCACACAGUUGGGCCAUUGCAAUGACGUCUUUUUCUUUCUUUUAAAGCGGCUGUUCCUGGUUUGUCAAGGAAAAACUCAUCAUGCAGUACAAUGCAUAAACCAAACCAUAGUAAAAAUACAAUACACUUGUAGCAAUACAGGACUCAGAUACUUUCCUUUCAUUCGGCUUUGGUUUUUUUUUUUACCCAUUUUUGCCUUUAGAGCCUCUCUCUGCUUGGUGAUGGGUACGGUCAUCUUGUAAGCAAACCCUCCUUCAUCUCCCCACACACUGAACAUGAGCGCUACCAGGGAAUUACAGUAUAUAGAGCGACCAAGGUUUGUAUGACUUGCUACAUUGUUACCGCUUCCUUGACCUUUGUUGUGACAUAUGUAUCCACCAAUGACUUGGGUUAAACCAAUAAUAAUAUAUUAGAACCAAGAUACAGAGCUGAUUGCCAAGUAGUAAACAUACACUGUAUAUUGUUAUAAAUUAUUGCUUUAGAAAAUUAAAUAAGUUUCUAAUGACAACUUAAUAGAUUCAAUGAGGGUUCUAAAAAUAAGACUUGUUUCAAUGCAGCUUGUGAUUUGUGAUGAAUCCUCCGGUUAUUCCCCACUAAAUGUCACCAUGUGUUUUGUUUGUUCCAACACCUAGUCGAGUCACUUAUUAUUGUAUUAGUCAAGUAGUAUGACACAGUCUAGUGAAGUAGUAUUGUAGUGGCAUUGAUUUUUGUAACAGACCUCUGCCAUGGAAACCAUUUUCUAACCUUUUCACUGUUAUUUCUUCUCGUGUUCCUUCCUUUCCCCCAUGUCAUAAUCAACAUCUGCUACUCUCUUUUUGUUGUUCUGUUAGAAACUUUAACAGAUAUGCUGGAUGAGAUCUCACUGAGUAACAAAUUAACUGUUUAUGCCAUGAUUGGGUCAUUAAUAUGCCUGUCUAUUAAUCCAUAAUGUAGAUAAUUGACGUUAAACUUGAUGUAAUUUAAAUUCCAUAGAUAGGAGUAUUAAAUUUAGGCAAGAGUAAGAUUCCCCUUAUAAAUCAUAGAAGAAUUGUAGCAAUUUUACUAGAGAAGUCAUUCUAUUUAACUGCUGUGUACCUGUGUGUAUUUUGUCCAGCUGUGCAUGUUUGAGAAACUAGUGACAAGUUGUUGAACAAGUUGAAUUUGAUCUUCAGUAUUUGUUUCUGUCGCUUGCUUGAAAUUGAUUGAAACUAAUCAAAAGAAAUCAAUUUUUUUUAAUGGGGUUGAGGUAUUAAAGAAAUUUAAACUAUGAUAAUAUGCCCUUAAAGCUUUUAAUUUAAACUUGUCUGUGUAACGUGAUCUAUGUAUAUUAUUAAACAAGAAAUUGUACUGGCUUUAAUUUAUUUCCCAUUUCCUGCUUCCAGCUGAUGCACCAAGGCUUGAUCUCCCCCUAUGGCCUCAAAUCAUUCCUGGAACUUAGUGAAAACGCUCGCCUGUUGGUGGAGAAGUAUUUCAACUUAACAAAACCUUUGUACUUUGAUUAUACUCAUCUGGUGUGCAGAACUGCUGUUGAUGGUAAGUUUAAUGUUUGUUUUUUUUAAGUUGACAGACACGUAAGGUUUUACAAUGGAUUAAUAUAAACAUACAGCCAUAUAGCAAACCCUACUUUGCUUUUCUAGAACUUUAAAUUAGACUCUGCAUUGAUGGCAGCAUAAAGUUCUUCUGAGCCCACAGUCAUUUUUAUAAGAAGUAUACAGGAGGAAAUUACUUCUAAUUUUAAAGGUAAACAAAUGAAUAAAUAUCAAGAGUAGCUCAAGUCACACUUCCUACCUCUAAACAAAUUUUAAUCUUCUUUUAUUCUUUCACAGCAUUGUUAUAAUUGAUACAGUAUAAUUGACAUUUUCUGGUAAAACCAUAUUUAAAACUUUGUUUUGGCUGACCCCACAGCGAUGUUGAGAACUGUAUGAAGCUUUUUUCAAGUUCUACUUUUUGGUUGUGAAAAGUCUGAACUAAGCGUCUGUCAAUCCAGUUUAUGGCAAAAGACCACCUUCUUCUCUUCAUGGGGUCCUUGAGAUCUUGUUACUUGUAGCAUGUCUGAUCCAUGCCUCUGAUCAAUUAAAACAUGGUCUAUUCGGUAAAGAGUGAAUCCAUAUGUUGAGCUCCAAGCAACUUUAUGUGCAUUUUUCCAUGGAAACUUGUUGCUGCUGUCAUCCAUUUUCCUGAAGUAAAGUCUGUGAGUCAGAUCCCAUUGUCAUUGGAUUCUUCAUGGAGACUCUCCUUGCCGAUAGUUGGCAUAAACACUUUUUCUUUCCCUAUUUUGGCAUUAAAGUCAACAAUCACUAAUUUUUUUUUUAUCAUGUCGUGGUGUGGUGCCGCCUCAUUAUAGAUCUUUUCCAGCAUCUCAUAAAAGGAUUUAUCAAACCGUCUGUAUCUUCGGUGGGAGCAUGAACAUUUUUUAAAUGUUAUUUUCAACAUUUUUACUCACACACGCAAAGAAUGCAAUCUUCCAUUUUCCAGCUUAAAACCUAUGACUGUACUCAUGGCUUCUUUCUUCACAGCCAAUCCUGUUCCAAGAGUGUUGGUGUUUUUGCCACUAUAAAAUAUGGCGUAGUAUUUUGUUCAGAGGAUGUCUACAUUUUUCCAUCUUACAAUGCAGCAAUAGAUUAUAUAUUGUUUUAAUUGCUUGAUAAGGUUGGCUAAGACUCCUGCUUGAAACACGAUUAGUGCUUUCCAAGUCACAAUCCCAAAAUGAUGCCCUUGCAUAGAUCAUUUUUCAUUAGUAUCAGUCCGGGUUUUAUUUUGUUUGACUUUUGUAACAUUUAUUUUUUUACAUAGCCUGGUUGUUAGCCCUGGGAUCCCUCCACUCACUCCAGGAGUCCAAAGGAUCUGACUUGGGUCCACCCCGGGUAUUUCAUCUCCCUGGUACCCGCCAUAUAUUUUGGGCUUUCCCCUAUCUGCCACCUUGGGAGGCGCUCGAUGGUAGAUCAGUAUCUCCGUACAAGUCAAUAUCUGUAAAGUAUACAUCAAAAAUAUGUUUUAACAUCUCAUUUCAGAUUCCAAAUACAACAGACAAGACCUGAGUCACCCAGUCCAUGCAGACAACUGCAACCUACAACCCGAUGGCUCCUGUACCAAGGACUUCCCAGCGUUCACACAAAGAGAUUACAGGUGGGUAGAAAAAAUUCACUGCAUAUAGCAGGUGUAGUCCAACCUGCUGCUGGACAGAUAUUUCAACACUAUCAACUACAAGAAUAAGACAGUAUAAAUUAAAUACUUAUCCCUCAUUAACUUUAAUCCUCUUCUUUUCUUCGUAAAAAAGUUGUUUUUUUUAUCUUCAAUUUUAUUAUUAUUAUUAUUUUUUUUUUUUUUACUUAGGUUUAACUUUUCUUCGCUCUAUCAAACAAUUGACAUAUUACCUUGUAACGAAAGCAACCAAAUCAAGCUGCAGUAUUUUCUAAUGUUAAUUAUUUAUCCUUGUUUUCAGUGCUUUACUCUACUUAAAUUCUGACUUUGAAGGUGGAGAGUUCUUUUUUGCUCAUGCCAACAAAUCGGAACAGGUAACGGAUAAAUUCAAGAUUUUCUGUUUCUUUUAAUUUUUUGACUACAUGCCAUUGUAUUGGUCCCUGAUAAUUAAUCUUUAAUAUUUAUGUGAAAUUUAGACGUAACAAAAAAAUAUAAUAAAGGAAGUUUGAUUGCAGGUUUCUCUGCGACCAAAAUGUGGCCGUCUUGUUGGAUUCAAUGCUGGCAACUUCCAUGGGGUGAAGGCUGUAAAGAGUGGGCAGAGAUGUGCACUGGCUUUAUGGUUUACUCUGAAUCCUAACUUCAAAGAGCUGGCUCACAUUCAGGUGAGUUCCGUAGACUCUAGGCAAUGGUGGUACAUAGGGUAGGUAAAGGUAUAAAUAGAAUGUUCAAGUUUUAAGACGCUUGUUGCAUGUAAAAUUAUGUAUUAUAAACUGUUUUUAUCCACAUAGCGCAUAGAUAAAAAAACAACUUCUAUCCACAUGACCUUUUCCAACAGUACGGUUAAAAAAUAGGUUACAACACUGUAAAAUCAAUAAUUUUGUCUAGAGGACGAUAUUUAUUUUAUAUUUGUUAAUUUAAAUACAGGAAUCUGUAUUACUAAAGCUAGCAUAGUUAAUCUGAAUUAUCUAUAAUUACAUCUAAAUUGCUAACAAAUUCAUCAUCGGAGGCCAUUUUUGGCAAAAUUACUAUUGAUCAAAAUUGGAAAGAAAUCGGACUCAAUAAUAACAAGCUAUUUUCAUUUAAAAGUUGUGAGUUGUCUAUUUGGGAAGGAUGUACCAAUGUUAGAAUGCUAUGACAUCUAAGAGGAUAUUAUUCAUGAAUAUUUCUUGUUGCUAUGUUAUAUUCAUGAAUGUUUCUUGUUGCUAUGUUAUAUAGACGCUGAUAUGGGUCGUGUGGAUAUAAAGUGUUAAAUAUGUUUACUUUUCCCCCCACAGGCUCGCAAGGUAUUGAAACAAGCAGAGGCCGAUCUAAAGACAGGAAAUCAACACCAGGAGCUCUGAGCAAAAUGAUUUGUGUUUUUUCGUCGUCUGUUCCUUUGGACUGUGCUGUAUGAUGAUGGGUCUGUUACUACUAAAUUAGUUAGAACUGACCAGGUGUUUUUUAAAUUUUUAUUUAUAUCACCAGAGUCAAGUCAUGUUUGUGUUCAAUCUGUUCUUAUUUAUUUAUUGUUUAAAACCCCACAUUCAACAUUAUAUUGGUAAAUUUCCUACUUAUCGAUGAAGGUCUUCUUUGCUCUCAGCCUUUGUACAAUAAGAAAUAUCAAGGCGUUUAUAUGGAGCCUAUUUUGUGUGUCUGUAUGUCAUUUAUUUUUCAUUGUUAAUGUCAUUGUACUCGUGCAUUUGAUUGUCCUGCAAUAUAUACACAUUCUCUCCACUGUAUUUUAAUGCUAUAUUUUAUAAGUAUGUUUUAAUUUUGGUUCCCAUGACUUUGCAAUUAGUUUGGAGUCAUAUAAAUCUAUUAUAUUUUUAAUCAUAUCCAAUUCAACUUAUUUGAACUUAUUCUUGAAUUUGUUCUGACAUUUGUUUUCAUAUUCUAAGAGUUAAUGCAUUUGGUGCCUUAUGGUGUAUUCAUCUUACUUUAGUCAUCUUACUUUAUUGGCUUUUAGUAAUGUUCAAAGUGGACAUCAUCAUGCAUGGUUGGGGGGGGGGGGGAGGUUAAAAUAGAAAAUGGAAUAUAUUAAUUUUGUGAAGAUAAGUGAAAUACCUGUAGGAGAGGUGACAAAAAACUGAUUUACACUGAAAGACUGAAAGUAGAGAAGAUUAUUAACUCUGUUAAAUGUUAGCCAAGCUUUCAAAAUGGUUUAAAUUGUAAAGGACAGAAUUGUUGGGCAGUGUGUAGUUGAGUAAACUAAUGAUUUCAUUUAUGGACUAAACCAAAUUAACAAUCUAAAAACGUUAACAGUUAUUCAUAAAUUUGAAUUAUGCUUGGAUUUUAAAAACUCAGCUCUUAUCAAAGAUGUACAUUUUGAUGAAUAUGUUUGGUGAUGUGUCAAGUAGGAUGUUAAUUAAACCUUCACCAAUCUAUCAAAAUAAUUUGAAGAUUUAACUGAAAUAAUCAACUUUACCGUCUAUGCUAUUUUAUUUUAAAACGGUAGAAAGAGCUCUUCAUCAGCACUUCAGUAUUAAUAUCUGUAGAAGAAGGGCAUUUUAUUAGUAAAGGUAGUUCUCGGUUUAUGAACAAGUUCCAUUCCUAAAGGUUGUUCGUUAUAUGUUUUUGUUCAUAAAGUGUUUUGUGUGUAUACAAUGCAAUGCUCUAUGCGAGCUGUCAUUUUUAUAUAUGAAGUACAUUUUAUUAUGUAUGGAGUAUGUAUGUUUCAACAUAACAAUAUGCCAAGAACAUAAAGAAAGAAGUUGAUGAGCAUUAAAAGAAAAUAAGCUACAAGUAAAUAGUCAAUCUUAAAAUUUUAUUUUAAAAUAAACUUCAACAAAAUUUUAUAAAAUUUUUAUAACAUCAGAACAUUUUGAUGUUUGUGAUUGAGAAUACUCGUUUUACAUAAUGUUUGUAAAGCAAGAACUGCCAGUAUUUUAUUGUCAGAGGUUAACUCAUGGUGAACUCAUGACAGUUUGUGUGUGUGCAUGAUAGUCACAGGACAGUUCUACACAGGACUGCAGCUGGACUCACCUGGCAUAGUGUGUAAAGGCUUUAACCUGACUACAGUCUGAGAUUGGUUUCUCCUGGUCAAAACUGUCAGGGAUGUUGCAGUUUGGAAGAACUUGUUCAUGUACUUAGAUCUCAUAUUUUUACAAAUGAAAUUGUAUUUUUAAAAAUGUGUUACUUGUGAUCAGAAUUUCUUCUUAGCUAAUAAUUUGAGCAACAUGUGACUGUUAACAGGUGCCCGGGUACCCACCCCAGGUUAAAAAUACCCGGAAAAUUCACGAGUAUUCCAUGAACAAAAUAAUUUUUUUAAUGUUAAGAAUCAAUAAGAUUUCAACAAAAAAUUUGGUUAUUUUAAAAAAUAAAUGAAUUUACUCAUUCCCUAUGGUUGCAAUGAAUUAUGUUAACGGUGGUCAUGGGGCACAGCCGAAGCAUCGAAUCAUGUCCCAGCGCGUCCCGUCACACCUAUCUCAUUGUAAUUUAAAAAUACCCACAAAAUCAUGUGCCCCGGAGUUUUUCGUCCAUUCUUCAUGAGGUCUAAAGAAUUAUUAUAUUUAAUUACGUGAUGAUGUCGAUAAAGAAAACGGAAUUUUUUUUGUUAGAUCACUUUCAAUCUAUGCAUUGCGCCUUACUGGCAUAUAUCUUGCUUGUUGAUCUUGCACAUGCAAUUUAUAUUAAUGAAGAACACCAUUUCAAAAGAGAGCAACUUCAAGUUGUAAAAUAUACACAGUAUAGUUUGUAAAUUUUUUUAUUUUAAACCUUUCACUGCCACGACUCCCUACAUUUCCUAAAAAUUUGUCUGCUCAGUCAGGUACCGGUACCGGCUUCGUGGGUCAACGGGUACCCGGGCUGGUGUUCUGAACAUUUUUGACAACCUGUCAGUUGACGUCUAAGCCUUUAGAUCUGAUUGUGUGAGAAAGUUGUGUUCCAUUUUUUUUUUUUUUUUUUGCUUGAGAUGUGCCUUUUU